AUGCCGCGACGCGACUUUGUUCUGCGAAGAAACAAAGCGUCUCCCGUCGACCGAGCGGUGCGGCAGCGACGCACCGAGCGCGCUCACACAAACAGGAAGCCAUCUGCGGAUGUGUGCGUCGCCUCCUCGUACUCCCAGAUGACGCACACGCUCGCACAUCACACAAACGCGGAUUUAUUGGCAGAGCCGCUGCACAGCAACAAUUCACCAGCUGAGGCUAAGGCCCCCCAGCCCCAGCUCCUGCUCCGACCCCGGCUGAGGCUCCGUCUCCGACGCCGGCUACAGCCCUGGCCCCGGCCCUGGCCCCGGCCCUGCCCCAGCUCAGGCCCCAGCUCUGGCUCUGUUCCCGGCUCCAGCCCCAAAAUCCUGUCGGAGCAUUCGGGGCCCGGUCCAUCCCGGCGGAACCGGUCGGCCGACGCCCUGCGGGUGGGCGUCACCACGGAGACGUCCCGCUCGGCACUGUCUCCGCUGACCAACUCUCUCCUGGAGCAGCUGGAGGCUCGCAUCAAAGAGCUGAAGGCCUGGCUGAGGGACACCGAGCUGCUGAUCUUCAACUCCUGCCUCCGACAGGACAAGGACGCCACGGCCCAGCUGGGCAGCUUCAAGUCUCUGUGUUCGGAGAUUCGAGCUCGACGUCGUGGAGUUUCGUCUGUUCUUAAACUGUGUCAGAAGCUGCUGCAGCAAAGUCAGCCGGGCCCCCUGGUGGAGGUGGGCCCAGAGGCGGAGCAGCACCAGGAGGCCCUGCAGCUGCUGUCCAUCAACCUGGAGCGGCGGUGGGAGGCCAUCGUGAUGCAGGCGCUGCAGUGGCAGAACCGACUGAAGAGGGAGCUGGGAGAGCAGCAGGUUCCCGGGAACUUUCUGGAACCAGGUCUUGUGGAUCUCCAUCAGCUCAGUCCAGUCCCAGCCGGACCAACGGGACUAUCGACCGAUGACUCCUGGGAAUGGGAUGAGACCGACAUGACAAUCACCGAAUCAGAACCACAGGAAGCACCAGAACCAGAAGAACCAGACCUGACGCUCAACCUCCCCAUGGAACUGGAUCCACCUUCAGAUGGUGGACACCAGAGGAGCAGGACCUCAACAGUGAAUGAUCCUCCAAACAACAACAAUGUCUACCAGGUCUACAGUCUCCAUAACGUGGAGUUGUACCGGCAGCCUCAGUUUCCUUGCUCCUCCUUGAUGCACAAAAACAAAACUGGAAAACGGAAACUCCUCCUGAAGAGCCUGAGCAAGGACUCCUCAUUCUCCUCCAUCGAAUCCCUACCGGACCUCCUCGGGGGUUUGAUGCAGGGAAGAGGAAGUGGAAGGCGAAGCGGCCAAUCAGCGAGUAGUCGGAGAUCAGGGAGCGAGAGCGGCAUCGAUACCGGAGACGCAGAGACAAUCACAACCAACUCUGAAAUCCAGGGAGAAGAGGAGGAUCAGGAGGGGGAGGAGGAGAGGAAGGAUGUCACCCAACACCACCAAAUGAUAGAGGAGAACCUGAAGGAGAAGGUGUGGAGGAGGCCCAGGAGGGGAGGAGGCGAGGCCGUGGAGAUCCUCAUCAACGGUCGUGGCAUCCUGACGCCGGCUGACUCUGACUCCGACUUCGAAACAGGAGGUCCCAGUGUCAACUCCUCCAAGCUCCUGAAACAGGUUGACCAGUACAACUUCGAAGGUUUGGCGACUCCUCCAGACCUACACCAGGCCUCGAGUCCGGUUUUAUCGCAGGGUUCAUCUCUGGAGUCACUCCUGGCUCUGGGUGUUGAGUUAUUCCCGAAUUCUAAAGAGGUUCUGCAUCGUAGCACUUCCCUGGAAACUUGCCUGGUCCCAGGACGGAGCCCUGAGGGUGAGGCCGGAGGGGGCACCAUGGGCAGCCUCGGGGAGAUGGACCUCACACAAAACGAAGACCAGGACCAGAUGAAGAAGCAGCAAGGAGAGCCUUCAUCUGGGGAGCUGAGCCGGAGAACUCUGGAUCUCCUGAAGCGUCUGGAGAACAUCCAGAGUCCAUUAACAGCUAAGAUGACCCGGAGUGUGUCGGACAUGACGCUUCAGAGCUGCUCCCCUCAGCGACUCCCCGCUUCCCCCUCCCUCGGCGGUCGACAUGCACCUCUUUCAGGGAUUUCACGUAAAGGUCCGCCAUCUUUAAUCAACGAGAGCUCUGCAACUGCAUCGCUAACAGAGCUGAGCAGCACCGAAGACUCAUCUCUAGGCUCUGAAGACUUCACCAAAAAUCAGCGCCACCUCUUCUUGGAUCCAGCGAAUGCCAACUCGUACCGACGGAAGCACGGAAACAGCCGAGCAGGACCAGAGGAGGCGGACGCUGCCAGUUUGAGCAUGGUGGUGAACGUGUCUGCAUGUACCGAUGAAGACGAAGACGACAGCGACCUCCUGUCUUCGUCCACGCUGACGCUCACCGAGGAGGAGCUGGGAGUCCGGGACGGAGAGGAUGAAGAGGAGGAGAGGCUGAGCGGCGCCUCCUCCGCCAACGAUGAGGAUGAUGAUGAAGAUGACAUGGAGGGGUCUUACAUCUUAGGGCUGGAGUACAUGAAGAGGGAGCUUCAGGGCUGGAUCCGGGCUCCUCGGACCUCGUCUUCAUCAUCCAAAACAGAAGCAGGACUACGAGACGAGCUUCAGUGCGGGACUUUCACCACCUCAUCUCAGAACAAGGAGCAGCCAUGUUUUAUGAGCCGCUCUCCUCCGAAAUUCACCGAAACAACAGUUGGCAAUAAAACAAAAAGCAAAGAAGAGGAGGAGGAGGAGAACCGGAGGAACGCCACCAGAAGCUACAUGAGCCAGUUUGUGGACGACGUUGAGAAUGGAAACGUGGACCAGAGCUGCUUAAAGGGCAAAGACGAAGAUGAUGAGCUCCUUCGAGAGGAGUCCAGCGUCUUCACAAAGAAAGGGGAGGCGCUCAGGGAGUCGUACCUGUUCGGAAAAGCAGGAGUUUGCGACGUGAAUGACUUUAUCGCGACAACAGAGUCAACGAAGCCCCACGAGAGGCUCCCCUUCCUGACCAAACGCUCUUCCUCCCUGGUUGGUCAGCUCAGAGGGGAGUUACCCUGCCACAGCCCCGCCCUCCCCUCACCUCCCUCCCUCUCUCCUGUGGAGGACUGCAGAUCCCAUGAUGCUUUGUGCAGCGGGAAGCCGGCGACGGGCGGGAGGAAGGCCAUCACCAUCCAGGAGAAGUUCAAGUUCUCAUCGAUUGUGACCGAAGAGACGAAGAGGGAAGUUCGGGACAAAAAGUCGUCACUGCCUCCAAAGAAACGACACCACUCCCACCCGUCCUGCUGCAGCCACCUCCCCUCCGCCUCCUCCUUCCGUCCAAUUGAAGCGGAGGAGACCAAAAAGGAGAACGUACAUGACUUUGUGAUGGAGAUUAUUGACAUGACCUCAUUGGCGUUAAAAAGCAAAGAGAACCAGAGUGAAGAACCGAACCAGGCCGAGUCCAACCCAGACCAGAGUUCUGCACCGUUAACCCAGAUCAGAGACAAGGUUUUGGAACACUCCCACCGUCCGCUCCACCUCCGUAAAGGCGACUUCUACAACUACCUGUCCUUAUCGUCCCAUGACAGCGACUGCGGCGAGGUGGUCCAGUGCUCCGAGGAGAAGGGCUCCACGCCGGCGCCGUACGCCAUCCCAUCAUACACCUCUCCCAGCCCGAGCCCGGAUGUGUUCGCCGCCGCUCCUCCCACCCCCAGGUUCAGGAACGCCUUCUCCGGUUUGGAACUAGACACUGAAAAGCACAAGGAGGAGGCGGGUCCGAGUCCUGCGGCGUCCCCGCCCCCCAGCCCUGACAUCCGCGACGAGGAGACCCUGUUCUCCGCCUGCACCGAGGAGGUGUACCUGGGCCCCCCCCUCUGCUACAGCAUGGCGCUCCCCAAGAAACCACGCAGGGAUUUGGGCUUUUCAGAACCGGAGUUGGACGGGAUCGGACUCAAACCCAUCGAGUAUCUGAGUCCAGAUGGAGGUGAGAGGCGGAGCUACCACAACCAGAAAAGCCCCCCCUCCCCCGUGGACUACACCUCCCUGUCCAACCUCAGGAGGCCCCCUCCUCUGGACGCCAGGCGAGGUGAGGACCCGUACCUCGGAGGAGAAGGCCUGGCCGCUGCUGCUGCCGGCGCCGGCGUUGGGCGGGAGCAGAGGAGUGGUAAUGAGGGGCCUCCUUAUCUUAAUCCCCCGGCGCGUGUCGCCCCGAUAGACUCCUCCGCCGCCCAAUGUUUGGCAGAUACUAAAGCGCUUGAAUCCAAUAUGGGCGCCGUAAUGACCAAGAUAAGUGUCUGCAGCGCCGCUACAAAUCCCUCAAAAGAGCCGGCCGCCACCGCCACGCGUAUUAAUCCCAAAAUUAACUGCUCGGCGAUGAGAGAGGCAGAUACGGUGGAGGGGGAGAGACGAGGGGAGGCGAAGGGGAGGAGAGGGAGGAGAGAGUCACAGCAGGAAACUACGACCAAGCAGGUUAGUGUCGAGUCUGAUCCGCUAUCGAGGACAUUAUACAGGGCCCUGAUAGCACACUUCACCUCUCUACUCCAGGUAUUAGUCCAAGCCGAGCUGAUAGUGCACUUCACCUCUCUACUCCAGGUAUUAGUCCGAACCGAACUGAUAGUACACUUCACCUCUCUACUCCAGGCAUUAGUCCGAGCCGAGCCGAUAGCACACUUCACCUCUCUACUCCAGGUAUUAGUCUGAGCCAAGCCGAUAGCACACUUCACCUCUCUACUCCAGGUAUUAGUCGGAGCCGAGCCCCUCAGUGGGAUGAAUGUAAUGAGGCCGGUGUGUGUUUCUCUCAUUUCCAUUUGAGCUGCUCUAUCUCUAACCUUCUCCUCCUGCUUUUGUCCUCGUCUCGUCUU